UGCCUCGUCACUGUUGAGCGUCGAAGUCCAAACGCAUUAUCGACCAGAAAAAAAAUAAUCAAUUUGAGUGUUUGAGUGAGUGAAAUUGUCGCGUGUUUUUUUCUGGAUCAUAUGCGCCAAUCUCCAGAAUCAUUCACGAAACCGUGGCCCCCAUCUAGAUUCUUGGAUAUAUAUAUAUAUAUAUAUUCAUUUGCAUCUUCAUUUUCGCUAUACGACUGCACCAAGAAGCAGGGUUCCAGAUAUUUUUGUUUUCGCAAUUUCUGGUUCCGGCUGGCGUCACUUAUUAAGGUUGAAAUUCUUUUUAGACUGACGAGGGUUCGAAAGCUCUGGUUCAAAUAUGUUGGCGGGUCAUUUCCAUGGAGCCUUGACCGGUUGCCAGACAUAUGCAGACAUGAAUAUGGCGGUAGACGUAACUACACCCAAGUGGACGCAUGUUAAUUCCUUGAUUCAUAUAAAUUCCACAGUUCCCUUUAAGGUUCUGUGUCAUAAAGGAUGGUCGAGCUGGCCUUUCUUGCGAAUUCCCAACAGUCAUCUCAAACUCCAAUGUCUCUCGCAGCAAAUCAGCUCAAAGAGAUGGCUGUGUCGAUCUCAAGAGUCGACAAGUCCUGAAAAUGAGUACAGAUCAUCGCGGAAUAUAGCAAUCAGCUUGCUGAGGCGAUAUCGAAACUAUGUUGAGCGUGGAGGAGGUGACAACCUAAAAGAGUUCAUCAGCGCAGGCGUGAACGCUUAUGCAUUAGGAUGCACAGACGAAAGCUUGAGGAAAGAGCUUACUGCCAUGAAGGAAUCCGGCGUUGAAAUAGAAGCCAUGCAAUCAUACGGUGGCAAUACGGGUUUGAAGUCUAAGAUUACCUUCCGAGAAGUUGACGAAUGUAUAAUGUGGCUGAGCCUUGUGUUCAUCACGAUUCUUUGUACGCCACCGCCUACCAUAGUGCGAUGGUCGUCUACUCCUCCAGUGUCGGAGGCCAUGCUCGUUGAGUGGAAGGGGUUCUGUGCGAUCAUAGCGAAUGCCUAUUUUAUGAGGGGAAUGGCUUGGCUUCCGGUGAAGACCCUCCAGCUGGAGCAAAUGGCGGUAUUGGGCCGCGCUGAAGAGCCUUCGGUUGUAUCGAGCCGAAUGAGACUAGUAUUUAGCACACUUGAGGUUGUGAGUCCACAGUGGCCAAGAGUGUGACAUUGUAAGACCAUAUCAAGAAGCAUUCUGAGCCAUUUGAAGAAAUUUUAGUGGGUAUUUAUGGUGUAACAUUCCCAUGUCUAUGGAUGGAUGAUUCAAUAAAUAAGCAAAUACAAAAAGCUCAAGAAAUGCCACUUUCUAUAGCUUCAUCUCCAUUAAAAUGGACUAAGAUAACUAAAUUAUAACAAUGGUGUGCAGUCAAAACUGAAUGUUGUUGAAAUAUACAGAAACCAUGACUAUAGCUUCUCUUACUACUCCGUCGAUCGCAGUAGAACAAUGUUGUUUUUCAGUGCUUUCGUUGCUUGCCAGUGUACGGCUGCAGCAGUUUCUGAUGUUCCCAUCUGUUAAUAAAGAUGCAGUAUUAUAAAGCAUUUUCCGUAAUGUC